UCAAACAAAACCCUAGCUCUCCCUCCCUCCUUCCACCUCUCUCUCCACCUCCUGCCCUUGGGCUGCCGACUAAGAAGCAGCAAGAGGGGACGCCGGCCACAGCUCCGUUCUCGUUGUCGGUAUCUCUAGCUGCAGACAGUGGAAUGGAUUUUGAGGGAGAUGGCGAAGAGUUUUCGAGGCGUGUGCAAGUCCGUUUCGUCACAAAGCUGCGGCCUCCUUUCAAGGUCCCAACGGCUUCCAUCGCCAUACCUUCCAAUGUCACUCGCUUGGGGCUCUCCGCUGUCGUCAACAACCUUCUUCAAUCCGGGAAUGCUGACUGGAAACCUGAACCAUUUGAUUUUCUGAUCAAUGGGGAGCUAGUUCGGAUGUCACUAGAAGAAUUUCUACUUGCCAAGGGGAUUUCUGCGGAGAAAAUAUUGGAAAUCGAAUAUGUAAAAGCUGUGGCUCCUCGAAAAGAGGAAGAGCCUUCAUUACAUGAUGAUUGGGUCAGUGCAGUUGAUGGUUCAAAUUCUGGGUUCUUUGUGACUGGCUGCUAUGAUGGUCUAGGAAGGGUAUGGAAAGCUGCUGGGUUGUGUACUCAUGUAUUAGAGGGACAUGGUGGUGCCGUUACUUCUGUCAGUGUUAUUAAGCCAAGAGGAGCAGAGAGCAGCAGUGAAGUGGUUGUAGCCACUGCUUCCAAGGAUAGGACACUUAGGCUGUGGAAGUUCGGUGUAGAAUCCUUGGAUCAUCCUACAAAGGUUGGAGCUUAUAAAAUUCUGCGGGGGCAUACUGAACCUGUACAAACUGUUGCAGCACGGCCAUCUGGAGAUAUGGUAUGUUCAGGUUCUUGGGACAGCAGAAUCAAUUUGUGGCAGACACAUGAACUUGUUGAAGGAAGCGAUCUGGUAACAAUUAAGAGGAGAAAAAUGGAUAAUGAAGAUGAGGAAUCUCAAUCAGAGGGAGAGGCUCUCUCUACACUGGUGGGUCAUUCCCAGUGUGUGUCUUCUGUGGUUUGGCCACAAAAUGAAACAAUAUAUUCUGCAUCCUGGGAUCAUUCAAUUAGAAGAUGGGAUGUUGAAAGUGGCAAAGAUUCAGUAAACAUGUAUUGUGGGAAAGUUAUCAAUUGUCUUGAUGUUGGAGGUGAAAGUUCAGCUCUCAUUGCUGCUGGUGGCUCUGACCCUAUCCUUAGGAUAUGGGAUCCCCGCAAACCAGGAACAUUGGCUCCUGUACUUCAGUUCUCAUCUCAUACUUCUUGGAUAUCUUCUUGCAAGUGGCACAAGAAGUCAUGGUUUCAUUUAGUUUCUGCAUCAUAUGAUGGGAAAGUUAUGUUGUGGGAUUUAAGAACUGCGUGGCCACUGGCAGUCAUUGAUUUGCACAAGGAUAAGGUAUUAUGUGUUGACUGGUGGAGAGAUGACAGUGUGCUUAGCGGUGGGGAAGACUCGAAGCUUUGCAUAUCCUCUGAAAUUUCAGUACAAACGUAGAGACAUAAUGCAACAGAGGGACAUUCAAUUCAAGGAUGGUCUCCGCGAUAGAACCACCCAAGACCACCUUCUUUUACAUAUAAUAGUCGAAGAGACAGCGUGUGGACUGACAAAGCAAAGGCAAAAAGAUGUCAAUGCAGAUACAAGAGGUGGGAACAAAUUUUGAUAGAGAGCCAGUUUUGUUGGGUGGCAAUUAGUUGCUUAUUAUGUUAGAGAGAGAGGUUGGAUAGAGUAAGAUGAUGAUGGUACGCGCAGAAGUCAGUUCUUUUUUAUGAUUCUGAAACUGAAGUGUUAGUUAAGUUUAGUUGCAAUGAUGUUGAUGCAUGUACUCGCAGUGUUUACUGCAAAUUCACAUUUUGAGUUACCAUGCAUGCAUGGUAAUGUUGAAUUAGA